AUGGAAGUUCAUCCCGGUCUGGGCUCCAAGUGGUUUUGUGGUGAAGACAAGCUGGCUCUGGGUAUCGAGGUCUCCUCCCAGGAGUUCCACUUUGUUGUGGUGUGUCUUUUUCCACCACUAAGGAAUAUUCCCUAUGAAGUAUGUAAGGCGACUGGACCAGGACAUAGCGUCCUCAUUCCACUCGCAAUUGAUGACGAGAGCCUGCAUCCUCGCAAAGGGCUACCUUUUCGACCUGUAUUUUCUGUGAGUCGGUUGAAGGAGGCAAUUGGGCGAAAAGGCAAGCUGUACAUUAGGCCCAUGGAGGAAAUCACUUUUGACAACUGCAGGAGGCUAUCUGAUCAUGAGGCAUACACACCAGCCACCAGAAUUAAGUGUAUUUAUUGCUCAGAAUUGAUGAUGUUGGAGGAUAUGGCAAUCCACAAAGUUUUGUGCUCAAAAUCUUCAGAUACUGAGACCUCAGAUGAACCUGCUACUUGGUCCGUACCAGCUAUAUAUAUGGAUGAUGUGCCGAGUACCUCUGGGCUGGGUGUUGUUGGCUUGACGAAGGAAGCCGUCAGCCUGCUGGCGACGGAGACAGUGUAUGAUGCUCUGACAGUGGAUGAUACAGACCUGACCAUUGAUGAUGCUGACAAGACAUCUGAACGAAACAGCUGA